CACACUUGAACUCUUGAAAUUGGAAGCAAGAGGCACUCUAGCUUUGUUGUGAAUACUGAGAAACUUGGCUCUGAAGGUUGCUUCAGUGCUGUUGCAAGUUCUGUCUAGGGAUGUCAUUAAGGCUGUUAAUGGAAGCUUUAAACAAAGACACUUUCCAGGUGCUGGAUUCUGCCAUCCUGUAAGUGUGUUCUCUAGAGGACGGAUUCAUCAUGGUUAUGGAAGGCUUUGGUUGGCCGUGCAAUAGCCUGCAACCAUUGCACCAUCUAGAUCAAGAGGGCCCAGAGCCCCGUGAUUUAGAGGUGAGAGGAACAGCUUUAGUAGGUUCUGCAGCUUCUCACUGUAUCUAUCCUUCAGAACAAAACUAACAGUACAACUGAGAGUGGAGGCUGUGUCCCACAGACUCUAGCAUCAUGAACAUAUUUGAUCGGAAGAUCAACUUUGAUGCACUCCUUAAAUUUUCCCACAUAACCCCCUCGACACAGCAGCACCUGAAGAAGGUCUAUGCCAGUUUUGCCCUCUGUAUGUUUGUGGCGGCUGCCGGGGCCUAUGUCCAUGUGGUCACCCAUUUCAUUCAGGCUGGCCUGCUGUCUGCCUUGGGAUCCCUGGGGUUGAUGAUUUGGCUGAUGGCAACACCUCAUAGCCAUGAAACUGAGCAAAAAAGACUGGGACUUCUUGCUGGAUUUGCUUUCCUUACAGGAGUUGGCCUGGGCCCUGCUCUGGACUUGUGCAUUGCCAUCAACCCCAGCAUCCUUCCCACCGCCUUCCUGGGCACAGCAAUGAUCUUCACCUGCUUCACCCUGAGUGCACUCUAUGCCAGGCGCCGUAGCUACCUCUUUCUGGGAGGUAUCUUGAUGUCAGCCAUGAGCCUGAUGCUCUUGUCUUCCCUGGGGAACCUUUUCUUCAGAUCCAUUUGGCUUUUCCAGGCAAACCUGUAUGUGGGACUGGUGGUCAUGUGUGGCUUUGUCCUUUUUGAUACUCAACUCAUUAUUGAAAAGGCUGAAAGUGGAGAUAAAGAUUAUAUCUGGCACUGCGUUGACCUCUUCUUAGAUUUCGUUACUCUCUUCAGAAAACUCAUGAUGAUCCUGGCUAUGAAUGAGAAGGAUAAGAAGAAGGAGAAGAAGUGAAAUGACCAUCCAGCCUUCCCCAAUUUGACUUCCUCUCCCUCCGCCCCUCAUUUCCUCUUUGCACACAUUACAUACAGGUUGCGUGUUCUGUGAUAAUGAAAAGCAUCAGAAAAGCUUUUGUACUUUGUGGUUUUCUCUAUUUUGAAUUUUUUGAUCAAAAAAAUGAUUAGCAAAAUAUAGUUUGGAGUUUGGCUUCAUAUUUCUGGGCUUCUUCCCCACUCCCUUUUCUGUCAUCCCCCAUCCCUAGCCUCUUCCUCUGCUCAGGCAGCCAGUCUGCCGUGAUGAGGAGCUGGAUCUGCAGAGGAAGCAAACUCCAGGAGUCCGCUUUACGACUGAGCUUCACCGAGUGGACCUGAACUGUUUGGUAGAGACGCCUUGCUCGGCCCUUCUUCCCUCAGCGUUGUUUGCUUUAUGCGCAUUUCCUAUGGGACUAGGCAGUGUGUUUUCCAUUGGAAAGACGUUUGCUGGUCCCAUUGUUGCUCAGGCUUAUUACGUCUGAGCUGCCAACCCCUACAGAGAACAUGAAAAGCCUCUUCUGGUGGAUGCUUUGCUUCCCCUGAGCUGCCCGAGUCACUGCUGGUCUGGCAGACGUGCCUUUCUGCCUUGCUGUCACAAAAGGAGUGUGGAUUUGUGUGGGUUCCCUUUCCAAUCCCUUGUCUGGCCCUCGGAAUCUGCCUGCUUUCCAUCCGUGGGGUGGGAGGGUUUCAGCACAAAGGGAAAUUCUUGUCAGGCAUCUAUGAAAUGGCUGAUUAUGUAUGGCAAGAUAUAAUGUAGAGUUCACAGACUUCCCCAUUUUUUUGUUAAAUUGAUCACUACCUUAGUUACUGAGUGGCCUCUACCACGUGGCUGUGAUUAAGGGUCCCGGGAGAGGAAGGAUAGAGAAGGGGCAUGGCUGAGCCUCUGAGGUAAUUGUGACUAAUCCUGCCAGACAGACCCAGAUGAGGACCUGUUUGGGGCAGGGGAGAGUAGUAUCUCCCCCACUAACUGAGUGGGUCUUUGUUCACACCAGUGGCACGGGCUGUGAUGGCUUGGGAGGCAGCAUUCAUAACAGUCCUUAGGUGCGUUUUUGUCUUAUCUUGGGCACUAAUAGGUAGUGUCAGGUCAGAGAUUUGGGGCAGUAGGUAAAUGUCCAUUUUACAGAUGCACUUCAGGUUUUGGUCUAUUCACCUGUUUGCAGAAAUCUGCAGCCUCCUUUAGGCAGGGGCUGGGCGACCAAACCUGCAAGACUUCUGCUUUCCUACAGUUCCGUGUUUGCAAGUGUAGGGGGGCAGUACUAAUGGGGUCACCAGCUCCUUCCCUGUGAGCUGCCACAGCCAGCUGGCACAGAAGGUCAGGCAGCCUUGGGAGCAUUUGUGGCUCUGGCUACUCACAGGGCUUCAACGUAAGGGGGACUGAGCCACCGAAAACCCAUUGCUAGUAGGACAGCAUUUUUGGCUUCCCCUGUUCACAACCAGCACACAGUUUGACCCAGUGGCUACUGGUUCACAGCACACCACAUCACUGUGCCAUCCCGUG